AUGGCUGAGGCGAGCUUCAAGCAGAUGAUUGCCACUCUUUUGCGCCAAACGAGGCCACAGACUUUUCGCCACUCAAAACCUCCUCGGUAUCCCCAGCGAACGUUGUCCACUGCUACAAACGCCCGACCGCCGCGGCGGACAGCAGAGGACCCGCGAUGGCAGGGACAUCCUCUGCAGACUCAGAGUCCUGGCGCGCCUCAGGCCGAGCGGCCUCGACUUGAAAGCCUACGAAACGAGUCCGAACCGCGGCCUUUCUCUUCUUUCUUGACCGACAACUACUCUCGACAGCAUAACUAUCUGCGUAUAUCAGUCACUGAACGAUGCAAUCUACGAUGCCUUUAUUGCAUGCCCGAGGAAGGUGUCCAGCUCUCUCCUUCGGCAAAAUUACUCACAACCCCUGAAAUUGUAUAUCUGUCGGAAUUGUUCGUCAACCAGGGCGUUGACAAGAUCCGGUUGACUGGGGGCGAACCUACGGUUCGGAAAGAUAUUGUGGAUCUAAUGCAUCAAAUUGGACAGCUGAGGAACAAUGGUUUGAAAGAAUUGUGCAUAACAACAAAUGGCAUAUCCUUACAUCGAAAACUCGAUUCCAUGGUUGAGUCAGGACUGACUGGGGUCAACCUGAGCUUGGAUACACUCGAUCCUCACCAAUUCACAAUUAUGACGCGGCGGAAUGGACACGACGCAGUAAUGAAGUCCAUCAAUCGGAUACUUGAGAUGAACAAACUCGGAGCAGCCAUCAAACUCAAGAUUAACUGUGUGGUAAUGCGGGGCCUGAACGAACGAGAGAUACUACCAUUUGUGGAACUCGGCAGGGAUCAAGAUAUCGAGGUCCGAUUUAUUGAGUACAUGCCAUUUGACGGGAACAAAUGGUCCGAAAAGAAGAUGUUAGGCUUCAGGGAGAUGCUGGCUCUCAUCCGCCAGAAGUAUCCUGAUGUCCAAAAAGUACAGGACCACAAAAACGACACGAGCAAAACAUACAAAGUCCCAGGUUUCGCUGGUCGGAUCGGGUUCAUCACAUCCAUGACGCACAACUUUUGUGGUACUUGCAAUCGACUUCGAAUUACCUCGGAUGGCAAUCUCAAGGUUUGUCUCUUUGGAAAUGCCGAAGUCUCUCUCCGUGACAUUCUACGUGAAUCCAAUAACGGCAAACCCAUCGACGCCGAAGCUAUGGAAGCUAUUCGAGAGCUCGAGAUGGGUCGCCGCCAGCGACUUCCUGGGGCCGAGGGGUUAGGAACGUCUGAAAAGGAAGCGAAAUUGCUCGAUGUCAUUGGUAUGGCGGUGAAACGCAAGAAGGAAAAGCAUGCUGGUAUCGGCGAGCUGGAGAAUAUGAAAAACAGACCAAUGAUCCUCAUCGAUGAUGCUUCUGUCAAACAAUCUCUGCCAGCUCCGCCACCGCAGGAGUCGCCCUCCUGGUAUGCUAACUCAAUGACGGCCUUACACCGGCCUUCUCUACCGAUGUAUCUGCUGCAACAAUCUACACCUUCUCCAUCAUGGCCCCAAGUUCGCUACUUUUCCUCACUCGUUUCCACACGACCCGCUGGAUCCAGGAAGUUCAGUAACUCGACGUCGCUGGCCAGGUUGAGACAUAAUCCGUUCCGCUACGUUCAUGGCCAGUCUUCAUAUCGACGUGUACCAACCAAGGAGCCGGAAAAUAUUCCAGCAUAUUCCUUUCGCCGCUGGGAUGAAAGCCGACACCGAUAUUUACGGGGAAAGACCUCGAGAGCAGGGUCUAAAGUGCAGUCAUACGGUCGAUACCUGAUCCGAGACAUCAUGAAGCGCGUGUACCACCACCAGACCUCUCGCAAUGGACAACGCAGUAUUAGUGGUUCGCCAGGUUGGUGGACAGAAAAGGAGCCAUCGAAACAGACCUCUGAACCGGAACAAGGCGAGUCCCAAACAACAACAGCUGAUCCGAAUCCGACUCUCACCCACCUCACUGCCGACGGCGAAGCGCAUAUGGUUUCCAUCGCAAACAAGAAACCGACUUCUCGCUCUGCGACGGCAACUUCUUUGCUGCUUUUCUCCCACCAUGGGACUUACGGAGUUCUGUUCACGUCGCGGCUUCGAAAAGGAGACGCCUUAGCGGUGGCACGCAUAGCGGGCAUUCAGGCCGCGAAGAAGACGUCUGACCUCAUCCCUCUCGCUCAUCCUGGCCUCAACAUCACAGGCGUCACGGUCCGCUUGGAGCCGUUUAUGGGAGACAAGCUGCCUUACCCGCUUUCAGAGGGGAAAGGCGGGUAUGUAGGGAUUCCCCGCGACAAGAUGGACAAACUCUACGGCGGCGUAUUGGUCACCGCCACGGUGACGUGCGAAGGCAAGACGGGCGUGGAAAUGGAAGCCAUCACCGCGGCGUCCGUGGCGGGAUUGACCAUGUACGACAUGCUCAAGGGCGUCGACAAGGAAAUGAUCCUGACUGCGACAAGGGUCACCGCGAAAAGUGGUGGUAAGUCCGGCGACUGGGAAUGGGACUAUAGACGCGGCAAGCGCUGGUUCGUUGGGGAGAAGAAGAGCAGCAGCAGGGGCCUGAACAACGAACACAACAGCAGCAGCAGCAGCAGCAGCAGCGGAGUAGCAGAGAACACACAACAGGUCGAACAAGGUGUGGACGAGCAGGACCAACUCCUCAAACAGCAGAUGAUCCAACAGGCCAUCCACCAAAGACGGGAAGAGAGCUCUGCCGGUACCGGGGGACUCAUAUCCGCGGAUGACCUGGCCGAUAUGAGAACGAGGAGGUUGAGGAAUUCGCACGCUGCGAGAAAAGUCAACAGCGGGGGUGUGCCUGAGGCUGCUAGUGGCGAGCAAUCUCGAGACCACCCGCAGGAGACGGACGGGCAAUCAGCUGAGGUGGUACGGUAA